AUCGCCUUGGUGCGAAAUCUUUCUAGUCCGAAUCUUUGUUGGGUCUUUCCACGCUUUUUUGUAAUUAAUAUUAUUUUUAUUAGGAAUUUAUUCUGCAGGAUGAAUUACUCAGACUAUGAUUCCGAAAACUACUCUUCAGAUGAAGACGCAGAUUAUGUACCAUCUGAUGACAACCUCAGUGAAGAUGACAUGACGGAGUGUGUGAAUGAGGAUGCGCUGGAAGCUCCAGAAACUGACCGACCAGCUCAAGAUGUAAAGAAAAAGAGCAGAAAAAGUGUAGGGGUCAGGAAGAGGAAGAAAGGAGAUUUGAAGCUUGAAGAUGACAGUGGUCAGCAAGUAGAAGAGGGUGAUGUGGCGAAGCAGAAGGAUGAUGAAAAGGAGAGAGACGAGGGCACUUCAACUGAGGAGCUUGAGAAAAAGAAGGCAGAUGAUCUUUGGGCCAGUUUUUUGAGUGAUGUUGGUCCUAGACCCAAACAUUCUGUUUCGGCACAAACCGCACCCGUUACUCCAUCGAAGGCUGAUUCAGACAGCCAAGAUGUGCUUGACAAGGUGCCCUCAGAGCCAGAGGAAUACCCAGAAAUACCAGAGGACAAACCCAAAGAGCUUACCAAGAUCACAAUCACGAAAGUAUUUGAUUUCGCAGGUGAAGAAGUCCAGGUCACUAAGGAGGUGGAUGCUGACUCCAGAGAGGCCAGGAGCUUCUUGAAGACUGAAGAGGAGGAGGAGGAGGAGCCGCAGCAGAACAUCCUCAGCAAGCCUUCUGUGCCGUUUCCAGCUUCAGGACCCAGUGUCAAGAGGCCUUCUGGCAUUGGCAGCGUCCUGGGUCGCAUCGGGGGGAAGAAGCAGAAAAUGAGCACGUUGGAGAAGUCCCGGCUGGACUGGGACGCCUUCAAAGAAGAAGAGGGCAUUGGAGAAGAGCUUGCCACACACAACCGGGGCAAGGAUGGGUACCUGGAAAGGAAGAGCUUCCUAGAGAGGGUGGACUACCGUCAGUUUGAGCUGGAAAGGAAUGUUCGCAUGAACAACAUGAAACGAUGACAGGAGUUGGGAGUACACACACACACACACACACACACACACACACAUACAUUGAUGGCUCACACAUCUCCAACAUAACCACCACACCUUAUGCUCUGUACUUUUCAUGGUUUUUCUGGCCCCACCCAGUGAUCUGUUUGCCUGCAGGUAACUUGUAACCUCUCCUACAUCCUUGCUGUAAGAGUCAGCAGGACUGUCAUUCUGCACAGGCCCCACCAUAAUACCCACUGCAGUAAGAGCUGCAAGUAUGCUUGGUGUAGGCGAGAUGAGCACUGGGAUACCAUUGCUGCUCUUUCUUCUGUUUUCAGUGGGCAGAAGACAUUUAGAUUAAUCAGGUAUGACUAUGACACAAGCUUCUGUUGACCAAGCCAUAAAUAUAAUGGCUCCUCCUAACCAAGCCAUGAAUAAGUAAUGGAGAUAAAGAUCACUGUUCCUGUUUUCAUCUUCUUCAGUUCUGUGAUGCUUGAAUAUUCAUAAAUUUGAGUUUCAGUAAUGCUAAAAUCUCCCUUUGUUUAAACCAAUGUCUGUGAUUCAGGUGGGUUAGUGCAUGUUUUUAAUGUGUUUUAAUACACAAAACAUAGUUUCAGCUCUUUGUAUAUAAUGUCAUUUGUGUUGUAUUGCCUUACCGAUUAAAAGAGGGAAGUCUUUGCUAUACUGUAUGUGUUGUGUAUAAUAUAUUUUUUCCCUUGAUCAACAGUAAAUCUCUAAUUUUACCCUAGUUUGACAAAAGCACAAGGAAGAUGUACCCAGAAUGCCAUUGCACCUGUACAGCCAUCUUCUCUAUGUUUAAUAAAAGACCUCAGCACAGUGUAAUUACAUAGCAGUGCAGAGUAAAGUCAACAGGGAGAUUAUACAGUAGAACACUGGUAAGCUCUGACAGAGAUGGGCUACUUUGGGGACUCUGUUUUGUUGGCCACAGACUGGGGUGCUUCAGUGUAGUCCAUCUACACAUUAACUCAGUUACAGCUGCAGUAUUUUUAGUUCACUUCAAGUCAUCAUUGUGAUGUGUACAAAUGUGACUGUUACAAGGAAUAAAGUGGGGUAUGGAUUUUUCAUGUUCGAUGAACUUUCUAUCAGUACUGGUCACAUUCUUCCUUUAAUGGUGUAUAAUGUACAGUUAUCUUUUUGUUUUUGUUUAGUUUAUAUUUCCUGCAUUGUGUUGCCCAGCUACUGCAUUUUACCCACUUGAAAUUAUAGGGGUUGUACCUAGAGAAGUUUCCCCAUCUGGGCAAUAAAUAUGCACAAAAC